GUGUUUAGCCUCUGGGAUCACCCGUGUCAUCAAAAAAGAUGAGCAAACCCGACUGCUCAAAGCUUCACAUCGCCAUGUUUCCAUGGGUUGCCUAUGGUCACUUCAUCCCCUUCCUUCAUCUCUCAAAUAAACUGGCUCAGAAAGGCCAUAAAAUAUCCUUCCUUUUGCCUAAAGGUGUUCAACCAAGGCUUGAAAACAUGAACCAUUUCCCCGACCUUAUUCAAUUCUUUCCUCUCCUUCUUCCUCAAGUCGAUGGUCUCCCUCCAGGUGCUGAAACCGCAUCUGUUGUUCCUAUGAACCAACAAAAGUACCUUGCUUUUUCCGUUGACCAAACCCGAGAUCAAGUUGAAUCCAUCUUCAAGGUUCUAAAACCUGAUGUGGUUUUUUAUGAUUUCUGGUUUUGGAUUCCUGACUUGGCUCGCCAACUCGGCAUCAGUCCCAUAUUCUAUUCAGUGGUUUGCUCAAUGGGGAUGGGGUUGGGGUUAAACGCUAAGAAACUAACCAGGGAAACCACGGUAGAAGAGGCGAUAGAAUUGCCUCCUGGUUACCCUUCUUCCACUGUGAGACUCAAAGCUGAAGAGGCUCCUUCAUUGUUGUUUGUUGUUGAGGAUUUUGGGAGUGGACUUUCAUUUGAUGAACGGAUAAGGGUAGGUUUGAUAGAAAGUGAUGCAAUUGCCUUCAGGACUUACCGUGAAAUCGAGGGACCAUUUCUUGACUACGUAGCUCAAGGAUCUGGGAAGCCAGUUUUGUUAUCAGGGCCUUGCUUGCCCGGAACAGAGACCCAACAACUUGAUGACAAAUGGGUUAAAUUGCUAAGCCAGUUCGAGCCAAGGUCUGUGGUGUUCUGUGCAUUCGGAAGCCAGAGUCAAUUGCAGAAGGAUGAGUUCCAGGAGUUGGUCCUUGGGUUCGAGUUAUGUGGACACCCAUUUUUGGUAGCUUUAAAGCCACCCAAAGGAUGCUCGAGUGUUGAAGAAGCCCUGCCUGAGGGGUUCCAAGAUAGGGUUAAGGGAAGAGGGUUGGUUUAUGAUGAUUGGGUUCCACAACAACUAUUGUUGCAACACCCAAGCAUUGGGUGUUUCGUGAACCACUGUGGGUAUGGAACAAUGUGGGAGUUUUUGCUUAGUGACUGUCAGAUCGUGUUGAUUCCUGAACUAACAGAUCAAAUUCUGAACACGAGGUUGAUGGUGAAUGAACUGAAUAUUGGUGUUGAAGUAGAGAGAGAUAAAAACAGGCAGGUAUCAAAGGAGUCAUUGAGUGAAGCCGUCAAGUUUGUGAUGGACAAAGACAAUGAAACAGCUAAUAUGUUCAGGGCUAACCAUGCCAAGCUGAAGGAAACACUUUCCAACAAAGAUCUUCAAGAACAAUAUAUCAACAAUUUCAUUCAAGCUCUAAAAGAUCUUGUUAAAAGGAAGUCUUAAGAUGCAAAACAA